AUGAAUACAGGGCCUUUAUUUGAUUCCGUGCUUACAGGCCUUGUGGAAUCAUUUUCUCCAGUCAUUGAAGGCUAUUUUAGGAAAUACGAACCGAUUCUUUCCUCACCAACAAUGACAGAGACAGAAUUCGAUCAAUUUUUCACUAAUUUUUUCAAUGCUAUUCCUAAGCACAUUUCAGGCUAUAUGAAAGUCAUAAAAACAGUAACCGAUUUUGCCAAGAUAAAUCAGAACGAUGUACUUGGAAAUCUCGCUUCAAAGUUUAAAUCCGAAAUUAAUCGAUCCGUCGGCACUCCUUUUUCGUUAAUACAAAUCUCAUCACUUAAUUUCCGACUUACAAAUAUUUAUCACUUCCAUUUCCUUCGCUUUUUCACUUUAUUUAUUUUAUCUGAUAUUAUUUCGAAAAUCUUUCUUGAUAUUUUAGAAUCAAACACACCAUCGAAAUUACUUCCAUUCGGUAAGAUUGUUCCUUGCGGAUUUCACGUCUGUCAGCCAAUUCCAAAAUUAAACUCAGUCCAGAAGCUUUUGAUCAAAGAAUGGGGCAUGAUAUUACAUAGUAUAUCAUUACUUAAUGGUGAUGAAAUGGCUCUUUGCUUCACACAAUUUGUUGAUGACUCAAAUAUCGAAAAUGUUUUUUAUUUACUAUCAUUUGUCAGAGCUCCUCAGGAGCUUAUUGACAGCAUGUUAAUCUCCACCCAACAAGCCAAGCGAAAGAAAGGUUGUACGACAGAUAUGCUUACAUCUUUAAGCGGAAUGCUUUCUAUCAGUCCGUGCGAGAAGGAAAUAUUACAAGAAUAUUUCAACCUUGCCUGGGGCUUCAAAAGUACCGAAGGAAUUAAAAACGGCGCGAUUGAUUUAAUUACAGCCUUAUUCCAAGUGAUUCCAGCUGAAAAGAAGAAGGAACCACAAUUCUACAGGGACAGAGUCUACAAACAUAUCAAUAAUCCUACAAAAAUCGAAAGAACUGCGCGUGCAUUUUUAAGAUUACUCCGUGGUGACGUACAGAACGUGAAUAUCAUCACUUUCGAACCAGAAGAAUACGCAGGAUGCAAAGGAGACGUCGUAGAGCCAACAGACGAAUUCAUUAAAAAAUUUUAUUUGAAAGCAAAUUUCGAAACAUGUCCGGAAGUGUUCAUCGAUAUCAUUGUUCAACUCGCCGCUAUCGAUGCUGACAAACUAUCCCAUAUUUUGCUGCCAGAUAUGAUAGAAAAAUCCGGAAUUUAUCAUUCUAUCGUUCUAUCGGCAAUUUCGCAUAUUAAUACACAAAUAUUCAAAGAACGAUCAAAAGUGAAGCCAGCCAUCAUCGAUUUUAUCAACGAUAUUGGACAUACCGCGAUUUUACAAGAUUUAUCGAAUAUUGACCAUUCCAAGCUCAUUACAUACGAUAACUGUUACAUACAAUCCCAUUACGGAUCAACAGACUCCGAAGUUUACAAUUUUAUUACAUCAAAUAAAUUAAAUUUCGAAGCAUCGAAAGAAUACACGAAUAACAUCGAGAAAGUUGGUGCAACAUUUUCAAUGGCCAACUCUGUUGUAUCUGCAGCCCCUUAUUUAUUGUUUAAAGACAAUAAUGAUCCAGAAGUUAUAAAAGGUCUGAUUUCCCUUUGCGGAUCGCCAGAUCCUAUUGUCCAUUACAAAGCCCUUAAAGCAAUCAAGCUCAUUUAUACCUCAAAUUACACAGAUAUCGUAGAAGUUUGCAUUAAUAUCAUAAAAGACUCAAUUAACCAAGAAAUUACAAAGAACGCUAUCGACAUAUUAUACGUAAUUGUCAACAUCCACGAAAUCGACUCCGAAACAGCUCUAAAAAUCAACAUUACGACUUUUAUUUUAUUACAAAGCAAAUUACGCAAUGUACGUGCAGUUUGUUUAGCUAUUAUGCACAAACUUUCAUUUAUGCACACGGAUUCCUUCUUUAACGACUUCAUUGCGAGCGACCAAUUAAUUCAAAAUGAAGUUGCCACAAAUAUAGGUACCUCCAUCAUUCCUGACUCUCCAUCGCAUACAACACCAAUAGAAGAUGCUCCUACAUGGCAAUCCGUGGCAAGAUCUUCUUAUUCUACGCUAUGGAAUUAUUAUUAUUCAGUUUUGAUGUCGUUGUUCAUCGAAGCUCAUCCAGCACUUCUUCCUCUCAUCAGAGAACAACUUAUGCCUAUCAGUAAGGUCGCUUUAUCAGACAAAGCCAGCUCAAAUCCGAUUUUAUUUUUAUCUGCGAUGUUGGACACUUUUGCCAACUUGUAUGACCCUCAAACAAACCCUAUAAUCGAAGAGGCAAUCGAUUACGCGAAGAUGAUCAUUUCUUCUAAGAAUCAAACUCAUAUUUUACAUUUAAUACAAACUUUGCCUUAUUUGAACUACAGAGUCAUUCCAUCUAUCGUAAGACAUCUCAUAAACCUUGAUUCCCAGUACUAUUCCCAGUUAACAAGGGCACUUUCGAUGAUUAUAAAGAUGCCGACAGUUUUUCUUAACUGUAUUACCUUUAUUUUCGAAUCUUAUGUCGAGUUUCUUUCAUUGCUUCAAUCGUAUUUAUUCAAAAACAACUUGAAUUCCCAAAGAGACAUAAAAUGGGACCAAAAGAUCCUAGACAACGUGAAAGUAAACGAAGACAUCUGUAUAGAUUACUGUAUCAUCGUCGCCACGUUCUUUAAUAAUAUCCAAACCCAAAUAGAUGAAGAACAAUGGGCCUUGUCAAACCGCCAAUGUAUGGUCAAAAUAUUAAUCCAGUGGAUAAAUAUUCCAGGUGAUUUUACAAGGCUUCAUAACUAUUCUAUCAAUGCUUUGAUACCUUUAAUUGCGUUUGGAACGAUAUUUACUGAUGGAUUUGCCUUCGAACCAUCAAUGCUCGACAGAUUCAUCACCGUACAACAGGAAGGAUACCCAGUUAUUGAUUCUUUGUUGAUGUUCCACGUCGAUAUCUUGAUGAAAGAGUUUAUUUCCCAAGUUUUCUUGAGACCGCACGCUAUCGCACAGAUCUUUAUCACAGCGAUCCUGAACUCAAUGGAAAACUGCAACGAUCCUAAAAUUCUCAAAAAUCAAAUUGGAUCAAUGAUACUUUUCGCACAAGAACUCGCAUCUACUGACAAUUUCGAGUCAGCCAUUGUAGUUCUUUCACAACUAGGUAAUCUAUUUGUGUCCGAAAAGUCUUCUUUGGUCAUUCAAGAAGCGAAAUCAAUUGAUUUCGUAUUUUCUGUCUUUGAAUUUGCCACCGAACAAAUAAUAUUGUUUGGUAUGUCCGUGAUGCUUGAAAUGAUCCAUCAAAACAUGAACACCAAGCACAUGGUCGAGCUAAUUCAGCCAUGGUUUGCAAAAAUCCGCAUUUUGCCAACGAAUGCAGUUAUUUCCAACAUUCCUAAGAACUUCAGGUGCUACACUGUUUUGUCGUUCUUCCAGGAACUGUCUGAUAUAACAAUGUUACUCGAUGAAGAACAGUCAAUUUACAUUUCUAAUCUUUGGGUUGAAGUGAUGAAAGAAACCGAUAACUCAAAAGUGACAUUGGCGGUUAUUUAUGCCACGGAAGACAUAAAAGUUAAAACGAAGAUAUUUACUUUGUUAUGUGAUCCAAUGGCGGGAAUUGUUGCUAAAUUCCUUGCGAAAAGAUGUCGCUUUUCUUUCUGGUAUUACCAAUCAACACAAGAUUUAGGAAUAAGUGAUAUAAUGUGGGCGAUGCCUAUAUUACAAACAUGUUUUACUGAACACUUAGAACAGGCUGCUCCUUAUUAUUCAACUGUAUUACAUUUCUGUCUCUUGUAUUAUGAAGAAUGCCAAUCAUUAUGUCAAACAUUGUUUAUGGUUUUUCCAAACAUUGUUUCUGAGAUAGAAAUGUUGAAUAUAAGUGGCGGAAUGACUGAUGAAGCUCUCAGAGAAGUUGCAAGGACAUUGUCUUCACAGUUAGGUGAAGAUAAUAAAGCAGCAUUGGAUAAAUGGUCAUUGGAAGCAAUAAAAUGGGGAACAUGUUGUAAAUCAUUGAAACAAGCAACUCGAUCAAUAAUUAUCUUGGAUUCAAUAGAAGCACCAUUGAAUCCUUUCUUCCCAACUUUGCUAAAUGAAGCAGUCACUUAUCAGUUGUCUUGUAUUUACGAUGAUUACACACAGUUCUCUAAAUACAUGUCAGCUGUUUUCCAGUUAUUAAGCCACAACGUUUUAAUCCCGCAAUUAACUGGUUUCGCUUAUGAGUUCGCAAUGAGAUUUGUGAAUUUUGAACCGUUGAUCACUUCAUCUAACCGUUUUGCAUUGACAAUUUUCAUUGAAUGUUUCAGGAAUAACCAAGUCGCUGCUCGAGAGAAUCCAUCAUUAAUUGUUGAUGCUUUUGCUCCUUUCCUUAUUGACAUUGCUUCGAAUCCAGAAUCCCAAGAAAUGCUUGAGAAUUGCAUCGAUUUAACUGGAUCUCCUGAAUUAAUUUUGUUGAAUUCCAUUGUAAUGAGAGUUAGAAUUCCAUGUCCAGAAGAAUACGAUGAAGCUUUGAAGAACGUGAAAACUAAUUAUCAAGCAAACAGACUAUUAUUCUUCUUCGGUAUGAUUGUUGAUAAAUGUUCUGAAGAAUUGAUUUCAAGUGUUUUAGGAGCAUCAAAAGAUUUACUUGACAAAUUCAGGGAUCAAAUAAAUGAUAACAGAUUAAUUCCUAUUUGUAAAACAGCUUUGAAGAGAAUUGUUUUCUCUAAAGAAGCUGCGGAAUUCAUUUAUUUGUUGGCUGAAGUAAAUCCAACAAUUACUUCCUUGGAAUACAACGCAGAAGAUGGAAGUCACACAGUUGAUGACGUAAUAAGUGGUUUGCAAACAAUUGCUACUCCGCCUGGAGAAAAAUCGCCAAUCACAAAUUGUAAGGAAAUUACAAUGAUGACUGGAAUGAUUUCUCAGGACAAUCCACCAAAGAUUUAUCCAUUUAAUCCACAGGAUGAAAUGGUCAGAAGACUCAAGAACAAAGACACAUUGAAGAGACAUUCUUCGUCUGCAAAUAGACAUUGGUCUUCUGCAUUGAAUUUGUCAUCAAAAGUUGUUGGAACAAAAACAACUGUUUUUACUGCUGCUUUGCAAAUGGAUAAGAUUGAAGUAAUGCCUCUUUUGCCUAGAAAUAUUAGACAUCAGAUAUUAGAUCUUCCUUCUGAUGAUAAGAUAUCUAAGCAAUUUUUAGUUACUCCUUUGGAAUUCAUGGCAAUUACUGAAUAA